AUGACAUUCACACAGCGAAUCGUUCUCGUCGCGUCCUCGGUAUCCCUCCUCCUCCUGAUCGCCUUGUCGCUAGCAACCUCCAUCGAAGUCCGGGGUGCAUCAAUACCAAUCAUACAAAUCAGUCUCGCGCAGGCCGCAAGACUUCCACAAAACGAUGAUCUAGUCGCGCAAAAAGGGUUGUUGAAUGGGACGGAUUUCGAUCGCACGGAUGUGUUCAAUGGCACCAAUGUCGUAGACGGAGUGACGCUGGAAACCUCAUCCACAAUGGAUAGCGCAGAGGGCAUGAUUGGCUCUACGCCGCAACCAAAAUCGAGCGCAGGCUGGGCUGAUGAAGGUGUCCUGGGACCCAAACCUACCCCUAAACCUUCCGCGAAACCUCAACCUCCAUCUGACGCGCAGAUACCAAUCGUUGCUCUCACCUACUCAGGCGCGGGCGGUCCGAAGCAUUGUCGCGGCGAGCUGUUAGCGAAAACUUUUCUUCCGCGUCCGGUUGAAAAAUGGAAGAAUGGCACUUGCAUCAAUCUCCCGAGCGAAGCGCGGUGUGGUGUAUUUUUUUCAAGCAAAGGCGACAAUUGCGAAGCGGCAUUAUUCAAUAUGCCUGACUGCUAUAAUACGACGCGGACGUAUGUGAAUACGGUUGUGUUUAUGCCAGAAGAGCGCGCAGUUGGAGCGCUUUGGAGCAGCAUGUUCUUGCGAUGUGGUAUUGACGUACCGGAAGCCAAGAUGUUGGAUCCAGCUAUCCUGGGUGGAGCGUUGAAGCCUAAACCGAAGCCCGGUGGUGGAUGA